GCUUUCUGCAGCAGCAUGCAUGUCCAUAGACGUCAUUUGAUUUUAACGGCCUGCAGGAAAUUUGGUGUUACAACUCCAGACAUUAAGGCGAGAGAGGGAGAGAGGGAGAGACAGAGGGGGGAAAUCACCGCGUGAAAGAUAUUGGUUCAAGGAUAUCUUUUCAUUUUCAACAUAUUUUUCCUACUGGGACUUUAUCAACAAGUUACUGCGCCUUUUAUUGCAUGCUGCCUGAGUGAAGGACUAUGGCUUUAAACUUUAGAUCCAGGCUGGAGAUGGAGAUGGAAAUGUAUGCCUACUAGCUGGAACUGCCUGGGGAACUAUUACAUCAGACGAAAUGACAAUGAUUAAAAUCUGCUUUUUGCUGCUCUAAAUCCAUUGAGCGACAGUUGCCUGUUAGGUUUCCAACCCCCUACAACUUCACACCGUUAAGGGAACCCGUCUACUUUAGCUGGGGUAAAAAUUAGACAAGUUAUUAUAUCUUUGCAGUCAUAAUUUCGGGAAUAAGGAGGGGGUAUAUCACGUUUUUUCUUCCUUGAGAAAAUUGCCUGGGCGAGAGAGUGGAGUUGAGCUAAUUGUAGCCUAAUCCCUGGCCCAGAGGCACUUGGGCUGCCCGGAGCAAGAUCUUUCUUUUUCAGCUCUGCUCUGUUAUUUAGAGACGGAUUAUUGGCUUUCUUCUUCUCAUAACAAACCACAGGGGCAGUUUCAUUUAGGCAACAAAAAGCAAGAACAAGAAGAAGCCGAAAAAACGAAGCAGGAAUCCAACAAGAGCGCACAAUUUUACGCGUAUCCAAAAUAAGAGCACAGAAGAGGAAGGAGAUCAUCUCAUCUAUGUACAAGGAGGGAAGAAGCAUGUCUCGGCUGUCUCUGACCCGGUCCCCGGUCUCUCCUCUGGCCUCGCAGGGGAUCCCUCUGCCGGCUCAGCUGACCAAAUCAAACGCCCCGGUGCACAUCGAUGUCGGGGGACACAUGUACACCAGCAGCCUGGCGACCCUCACCAAGUACCCAGACUCCAGAAUCAGUCGUCUGUUCAAUGGCACGGAGCCCAUCGUGUUGGACAGCUUGAAGCAGCACUACUUCAUAGAUCGGGACGGAGAGAUAUUCCGCUACAUCCUCAGUUUCCUCAGGACCAGCAAACUGCUCCUUCCAGAUGACUUCAAGGACUUCCACCUGCUGUACGAGGAGGCGCGUUACUACCAGCUGAUGCCCAUGAUCAAGGAGCUGGAGCGCUGGAAGCAGGACCGAGAGCAGCGGAGGACGAUGCAGCCGUGCGACUGCCUGGUGGUGCGAGUGACCCCCGACCUGGGAGAGAGGAUCGCUCUGAGCGGGGAGAAGGUCCUCAUCGAGGAGAUCUUCCCCGAGACCGGAGACGUCAUGUGUAACUCUGUGAACGCCGGCUGGAACCAGGACCCCACACACGUCAUCCGAUUCCCCCUCAACGGAUACUGCAGGCUCAACUCCGUGCAGGUACCACGACAGGACGCACAACAGGAGUAG